ACUCGAUCCAUCGACCAAUCAAAGCAUUCGUUAUGAUUAUUCCAUGCCAUGUGCUUAGGCUCGUCCUCAGAGUUGUGUGGAGGAUUUCAAAACCUGGCCAAGUUCUACAGAUCUCCCGUGGUUGGAGUCUGUUAACAUCUAACAGAUGUUUGGGAACGGUGCCAUUUGUUCUGCACAUGCAACGCAAUGCCGACUUUAAAUUGAUCUCAUCUCAACAUUACUUUUUUAAAAAUUAGGAAAAUGGCUGAAACAAGCUGCUGUCUCGAAUAUAUAUGUAGCAGCUGCCCCAUGUUCCAGCACAAAUCCAGCUUCCACAGUCACCUGAUUUUUAAAUGCUAAAAUUCUGAGCGACAAUUUCCUUUGAUGUUUACUCCCAGCUAGCCUGGAAAUAAACCACCAAUGUUUCAAAAAUUAAACGAAUCCAAAAUGUUCCGAGUGAAGAAGAAAUUCUUGUUGGUGCUGAUUGUAGUCUACGCUUUUCCAAUGUUCUUCCUGGUCUACCUUACUGUCAGUACUGAUGAUUAUAUUUCUUACGGUAACAAUGGAGCCUACGGUGUCAGUCGCUUGGAAGCAAAGCUGGCACAACGAGUUAGAGAAAUGGAAGAGAAGAACCAGUUUCUUCAAAAGCAGUUAAGUCUGUCCCAGAAUCAAUUACUAAAUCUUCAAAUGAGCUUCGCUGCUGACAAUGAUACCAAAUUUGCUUCCUACAAAAAUCAUAUGAAUGGUACAUGCCUUCGAUGUCUGAAUAAUGAACCAGAAGUCCCAAAAUGUGAGAUUAUCCAUGUGGCUAUUGUAUGUGCUGGGCACAAUGCUACAAGAGAUGUCGUCACGUUAAUUAAAAGUAUUCUGUUCUACCGCAAGAAUCCUCUUCACUUUCAUUUCAUCUCUGAUAGUGUCGCUCAUCUCAUCUUACAGAAAUUAUUCAAAACCUGGAAUGUUGCUGAAGUUCAAGUUAGCUUCUAUUCUGCCAAUGAAAUCAAGCCUGAAAUUGCUUGGAUUCCAAACAAACAUUACUCCGGGGUAUACGGUCUGAUGAAACUGACUCUCCCCAAGUUACUACCCUUAGAAAAGGUUAUUGUCCUUGACACUGAUAUCACAUUUGCUACAGAUAUUGCAGACCUGUGGAAAAUAUUCAGAAUAUUGAAAGGAAAACAAGCAAUUGGUCUUGUUGAGAAUCAGAGUGAUUGGUACCUUGGAAAAUUAUGGAAAAACCACCGUCCAUGGCCUGCUUUGGGCCGAGGGUUUAAUACUGGCGUAAUUCUGUUGGACAUCCGAAUGCUGCAAGAAUUGAACUGGAUGCAGGUAUGGCGCCUCAUUGCUGAACGUGAACUGAUGAGUAUGCUGUCAACAUCGUUAGCAGACCAGGAUAUCUUCAAUGCCGUCUUAAAGCAACAUCCUUACCUAGUGUAUCGACUGCCAUGUCAGUGGAACGUCCAACUCAGUGACAACACACGGAGCGAGCAAUGUUACAGCGAAGUAGCAGAUUUAAAGAUCAUACACUGGAAUUCUCCCAAGAAACUAAAAGUUAAGAAUAAAAAUGUCGAGUUCUUUCGGAACCUUUAUCUAACAUUCCUGAAAUACGAUGGCAAUUUGCUACGCCAAGAAUUGUUCGCUUGUGGAACCACACGUGUUGGACCUCGCUUCCAAGAUCAGUUGAGUGCCAUCAACGAAGACGACGAAUGCUAUGACUUUCGUCGUGAACAGAUCAUCAUUCACCGCACUCACCUCUACUAUCUGGACUACGAUUACCAGCCAACAGAUUUCGAUGUUACCUUGGUGGCCCAGCUAAGCAUGGACCGACUGCAAAUGCUUGAGACAAUCUGUCGACACUGGGAAGGCCCUAUAAGCUUGGCUCUGUACAUGUCUGAUGCAGAAGUGCAACAGUUUCUGCGCUAUGCCGUCAGCUCUGGCAUUUUAAUGUCUCGCAAGAAUGUCGGUUACCAUGUGGUAUAUCGGGAUGGGCAAUUCUACCCGGUCAACUACCUGCGAAACGUGGCCUUACAACAGGUGAUCACUCCUUAUGUCUACCUUUCAGACAUCGACUUCCUACCCAUGUAUGGUUUAUAUGAAUACCUGAAGAAGGCUGUGUCCAUGAUGGACAUGAAAGACAGUAAAAAAGCCCUCAUUGUUCCAGCUUUUGAGACCCAACGCUACAGACUGACUUUCCCAAAGUCUAAAGCAGAAUUACUUUCCAUGCUUGAUGUUGGUACCCUAUUCACCUUCAGAUAUCAUGUGUGGACGAAAGGUCAUGCUCCAACCAAUUUUGCCAAAUGGAGAACUGCCACUACACCAUACACUAUUCAGUGGGAGUCUGACUUUGAACCCUACAUCGUAGUUGCUGCCAAUGUACCUGUCUAUGAUCAACGAUUCCUUGGUUUUGGAUGGAAUAAAGUUUCCCACAUUAUGGAAUUGGAUGCCAAGGGGUAUGAAUUAAUCGUCCUGCCAAAUGCUUUCAUGAUCCACAUGCCUCAUGCUCCUAGUUUUGAUAUUGCCAAAUUCCGUUCUAGUUCAACAUAUCGUAGAUGUUUAAAAGUUUUAAAAGGAGAAUUUCAAAGAGACUUGUACCGAAAAUAUGGCAUAAAAGCAUUGAAGUAUUUGUCUGUAGAGUGAAGAGGAAUUGCUAGUUUUAGUGAAGCUGAAUGGAGAGAUAACAAUAAUAAUAAUACUAAUAAUUAUUAUGAUUAUUAUAACGACUGCGUACAAACAAGAAAAAAAAAAAAGAAACAUCCAGUACAGCAAUAAUAAUAAUUAUAAUGAUUUCGACAAGUGAUUUUGUCCUUUGAGUGGACAGACAAUAUUAGAAUGACCGUGAUGUUGAUACAAGAGAGGAGUAAUGGACUAAGUACUUAGUUCCGUCCCUCUAAUUUCCAGGCUCAACACUGACCGUCAAAUCUGUAUGGGUUACCUACAACAGAUACCAGUAAUUUACUGGGGUUUCAUUCAAUUGACUUACAUCCCUCCUCCACCAAUGGUUAGGCAUUUCAUCUCUAGUCACAAACAGAAGUCAUUACUUUUAUUUAUUUAUUUUAGUGAAAUGGAUUUUUAGUUGCCUUUUUUUUCUUUUUUUUUUUAAACCAUUUUCUGAAUCAAAGAAUCAUUUUUUUUUGAAACAUAACAUGUGACCGACUGACUUUACACAUGGAAAAAGCAAAAGAAAAGGAAGCACAUUCGGCUUUUUGGAAUGGUUGAAUAAUGAUUUUGGUUUGAUUGCUAAGUGAUAAUGAUUUCAAGCAUGGAAUGGUAAACGAGAAAUACAUUGAAAGCCAAGAAUUUUAAAAGA